ACUGUUUCAUUAUUUGUCAUUUAGUGAAACUCCAUCUUUUCAAUCCUUCAUCCACCCACCAAAAAGCCUUCAAAACUGUAAGAAAAGGAGAAAAGAGGUUCAACUGCCACAAAAUAAAAUCUUACCCUUCCCCUUUCUUCUGUCACCCCACUACCUGACAAAUCCUUCUCUUCUCUAUACUCUUCCUCCUCCAAUCAAAUCACUUCCAAUUUUCUUCCAACCUACAAUCAUAUCUCUAUCUUUCCAAACAAUCUAACAUGCAAACUGAAUUUCUCCCAGUCUACACUUCCUUUACGUCUCCCAUACCUCUAUGUCUAUGGUCUUUUACCUUCAUUCCACACGUCUCCCCACGUAAAGCCUGAAACUAGAGCGCCCUCUUCUUCUCAUCCCUUUCUUAUCUACUUCCACGAAACACAGCCCGAUAAAUCCUUCAUAAAUCGGACCGCCACCUCUGAUUCUCGCUUCCACUUUCCCUCCCGUUUCAGAUGCCGAGGAAGAGGAUGUCGGCAAUGGCAACGGCGACGCAUUGACGAUGAUGGCGACGUCUGAUUGGGAAAAAACCGCAUGGGCAGCAAAAUGAGUAGCUCUGGCUUAAAUGUGCUUUGCUCAUUGAAAGACAAGGCGCCAUGAACCCGUGGGUGAGGACGCAGCUCUACCGGUUGUCAUUCAUCAAUAUCAACUUGAGAUCAGUUGGACAUCAGCUCUCAAUGCGGCGAGGGGAGACAAAGAGAGAGUCUGUUGAGCUCUGCACCUCCCAGGGCUUUGAUGAGCUGUGGUGUCAAGACACUUGCACCAGGAGUCAAUGCGAUCAAGCAGCUUAUGCGGGUAGCAGGGAUCUGUGCAAUAGCAAGUGUGAAAUCCAGCGUAGGCAAGUCAAUAUUCAGAUUGCGGAAGAGUGGACUUCAAAUUCAAUGAGAUUGUUGGUCUCAGCUCCGGCAGUGGAGACUUGAAGCAUGAAAGACAAUCAACCCUGUGCAAUUUGAGGAGUCUUACUUGAGGGCAAAAAGCAUUGAGAUGGCUAUUUCUUGUUUUAGCUGGUUGAGUUUGGAUGGCAAUUAGACUUCGAGAGUAAUAUUUGGUAGGAUGCAGUAGCUGAUCUUCGGCAAGCAAUCUGUUGUAGUCAGAUGAGCUGGCAAGAGAAGAUUUCAUGUUGC